CUAGCGGAAAGCUGAUUCAACAAGUUCGACUGACGUUUGCCGUCCAGUGGAAACACAGUGUGUCUGGAUGAAAACAGUGGAGGGGAUCUUGAAAGACUUUAUGUGCAGUAUUUAGCUUCCAGGCCAAACCGAGGCACCGAGCUUCGUCCACGGGGCAGGUAGGACUGGUACGCAGAGAUUAAUAUCUUCCCUACAAACUAGAGGAGCUUCUUCUUCGGUGGUGUCAGAGGAGACACGAUGUGGAACUUCAGCCUAUGGGCUCUUCUCCCUCCCGUCUACUCUGUGUGCUCUGCUGCUGGUCUGUGGGCCAUAUAUUUUCUAGCUGUGAAGAAUGAGACAAUAAGACCCCUGGGAUCACAGGCCAAGAGAAGAAAUGGAUCCUUUUAUCCUCCAUACAUUAGUGUUGCCGGAAACUUUCCACCAGUCAGUUGCAUCUUCAGUGAGGUCACGAACCUGGCAGCGUUUGUGGGGUUUAUUAUUGCCGUCCUCAGAUACGUUCAGCUCAGACACAGAAUAGACAAACCAUGGCUGAAUGUUUGUUGUCUCGUGGCGUUCUCUGUUGCCUGCUUUGGAAUGACACUAGUUGGAAACUUCCAGUUGUUCACUAAGGAGAUGAUUCACAACUUGGGCACCUUCUUGGCAUUUGGAGCAGGAACGCUGUUCUGCUGGAUGCAAUCCUACAUCACCCUGAAAGUGAACCUGAACAAUGAGGGGAAGAAGGUUGGAAUCAUUCGCGUCCUGUUGUCUGGAUCCAUCACUGCCUGUGUGAUACUCUAUAUCUGCCUGAUGUCUCAGGGCCUCCACAUGCAUGCAACUCAGUGCCAGUGGUCGCUGGUCAUGUUCUUCUUCAUCUUCCUUGGCACUUUUGCCAUCGAGUUUCGUCACAGCCGCUUCGACAUAGUGUGCACAGACAACUGUCAACGUCCUGUGUGCCUGUCAGAACCCCUGACUGAAAUGUCCACGCCCAACCAGCUGUAGGGAUGUUACACUGGGUCCCGUUCGAAGAUCGACAGGUACAGCUGAACGAGGCAUCUGUUCCAUCCAAACAGCUGUAAAUGUUCAGUUACACUAGCUUUACCACAAGAGACAUGAUCACUGCACAGCGUAUAUUCAUUCAUUCAUUUUCUACCGCUUAGUCCCUGCACGGGGUCACGGGGGGGGGGCCGGAACCAAUCCCGGCCAGCAAUCGGGCGUAUAUGAAUGUUUCAAUCUUACACAUUUUCUACAUGUGUUAAAAGUAUUUUUUAAUACUGUAUGUCACCAAAAGUCAGCUCAGUUAAUCAAUCUGUCUUCUUUGUGUAAAGGUUGUUUUAAUUAGAAAACUGGGUUUAAACUUUUUUAUUAUUAAAAUGUAUAUUUUUGUAACUUUUUAAAUGUUUUCAUUUUGGGGUAACUGAAUCUAUGAGUCUUGGAUUGUAUCUUAAAGUGCAAGUUUGCAUAGCUUACAAUCAUUAUCAAUAAAUAUGUCUAUAAAUGCA